AUGGUUUGGUGUUAUUGCUCUAUUUGUGGUGAAAGUGGAAAAGUUGUGAGUACUCAAACAGAAAGAUUACAUAGACAAGAAGAAUUUGGAAGAAUAGAUCAUUCUAUUGAUAAUAGUCAGGAAGAAACUAGAGAACCAUUAUUAUCUACUAGUCAAAGCUUUAAUUUAUCAAUAUUAUCUGCUGAAGAUUUAACUACAUCAUUUUUAGCAAAUUCAUCAUCUAUAAGAAAUACUGGACUACUUGAUGAUAUAGAAUUAGAAGAUA